GUAACAUAGAUACAAGCAAAAAAAGUAGUUAUUACAAGAAAUAAUUUAUCAACUUAGUUAUUUAGUCUAAAUAUAUAGCUACCAACAAUUCAGAAUUGAAUGCAAUUUUAGGACUUUAUUUAGUAUACAAACAUUUGUAACUGGUUAUGGAAUGUCACAUCAAUUUUCAAUGGAGAAAGCAAUAUAUUUAGGACUUCAAAAUCUUAGAGUACAACAAAGAUCAAUUAACUACUAUGAGAAACAUAAGACAUUUAAAUGAUAUAAUAUUACUUUAAAGAUUGAGAACUUUUUGUAAAUUUUUUUCGAUAAAAAAGUAGUAAUGAAUAGAUGAAAUUUAUAAUAUUCGAUCCAAAGUAAUUAUGAAGAAUAAAGUGAUGCAAUAAUGUUUAAUAUAAUUGCGAUAGAUAGAAGUGCUUAUACUCUUUAAAGAUAUAUUAUCUUAUUUAAUUAUAGAUAUUGGUGCACUUUAAUGUCCUGUAAAUUAACCUCAAUUUUAUGUAUAAUGUAUAGAAAUACUCUAGUAGAAUCAACAUCUGUGGAUGUACACACAUAUUGUAGUUUAAGUGGUACUAAAAGAAGAUGUGAUAUUUCUAGUACCUGUUAUUGAUACUUAAAUUCCUACAGGAAAGAUAUUCUAUAUAGCGUGUUUAUGA